AUGCUUUCGUCUCUUUUACCGUUUCUACCAUCCGCAUUUACCUCCGCAGACAAAUCUCCUCCCCCAUCACAAGAAUCUCCAGACGAACAGCAAGAUAUCCAUCCUAAAGAAAUGCCAGGCACCACCGUCGUUGACGAGUUGGGUGUCAAGAAGCGGAAAGAGAGGACACAUGAAUCAUUUAUUGUCGUACGGCCGCCUCCCGCGAAGACAAAUCAUCCUCUCAACCUCCAGGUGCAGCUCGUACCGCCGAGCGGGAAAGAUCCCGCCCGCCCCCUCGACAGCGGGUCCACCCAAGACCUCGGCGGCUCGCUCAGUCGAACAAGUUCAAACCGAUCUGACACCUCCAUGUACUCCACCUACUCCUCCUCCGGCUCCAUAUCCACGGUCGCCUCAUCAUCAUCUUCUACUGGCCGCCGCAUGAUUAUUCCGCUCUAUAACCUCCAAGCGCACAAUGUGAUGCAGAACGUCAUCGUUGACGCCGGAACAGACGCCAAGGUUGCCAAAUUCCUCAAGCGCGGGCUCGAGGUCAUCGGCCUCGCCGUCCUCGAGCCUGUUGAGGUGUGGGGCAGCGCCGCCGCCGAGGCGUGGAGCGUCCGUCCACCACAUGAUGGCGCUAAACGCAAUAGCAUCGAUUUUAGUGGUGCGGGUUUACUCUCCCCAGACCUCGCGCACACACCAACUUCAUCAGCGCUUUCGUUGACGUCCGAAGACGGGUAUCAGACCCUCGUCGUCCCGUCCUCCGCCCCGGACCGUGCCACCCCGAAGCGCCUCUUCGGGCGGCUAUUUAAGAAGAAGGAUGGAUCGUCCAUGCUCCCGAAGCCGCCCCCGUCGCCCGUAACCUCCAUAUCCUCGAUACCAGCCGCACCUCUAUCGAAACGUAGCUCGAUGCAUGUACAACCUGGGUCCCUCGCAGCGGGCGAGCCUAGCGGUGCGAUUCUACAACCACCAGUGUUAGGCAUCCAGCCGCUGCUUAGCUCGGCAACGAUUCCACCCCGCGGGCGACCAACGCGGUAUGUGUGGGUUGUCAGGAGGUGGUUGAAGGGCACGCAGGAGAGCUUGCUUGACGGCGUGAAGGACAUGCUGCAGCAGGAUAAUACGAGGCCCGGCAACGGGCUCGAAGGCCUCGUCGAGGUGCGUUUCGAGUGGUCCCGCGGGAAGAGCGGGAAGUCAGGUCGGGGACGGCGGCGCACCGAGGAUAGCGAGGUGUCGCCAGAGCUGCGUGAGCGAGGGGAGCGGAUAGGCGCGCUUAGCAAGCGGAAUAGUAUAGGGAGAUCGUCUACACCAUCGACCGCGUCCCUGCAGCACCAGCCACCAUCACAUCCGUCCCCACCAUUGUCACGUACUUCCCCACUACAGUCUGCUCCACAAUCCCCUUCGCGGACGCAGUCGCCGCGCACGAAGCGCACGGCGCUUUCGCCUGCAGGUGGACGCCGCUCUCUUGAUUCCCACCGCUCCGUCUCGCCACAUCCGCCUGCGAGUCUCUUAACCAACAACACCUCCACGGAGGACGACACGCACGGGGACAACGCCGACGAGAGCGACCCUGAGGACUCAGAGACGCCGUGGACGUGCACGCUCGUCGUGCGGCGGCUCGCGCCAAUGCGCGGUGUGGAGCUCGGCGUGGCGAGUGCACAGCCGCCGAGCAUUUGCCUCAAGGUAGCAGCGCUCGUUCCAACACCGCACCACCCAAAGGUCAUCGCGCUGCUCAAGGUGCCAUUCCCACUUCCCGACAUCGAGGUUGAGCAUGUACGCCUUCGCAAGCGCAUCGUCACACCCGCGGGCGUCGCUCGCCCCGCGCCGGUGCCCGAGCCCGUCGCGAACGGGAAGUCAGGCGGCAGCGGGAGCGGGCUCGGGAAGGGCUUCUGGGCCCAGCAGUCGCAGCGCGAGGGCAUGAUGCUCACCGCAGAGGAGAUCAAGGACGUCGUGUCGUCGACCGGCCUUUGGCUCGUCGUGCGAGAGGCGUUUGGUGGUGUCGGCCGUGUCAGCAGGAAGGGCGACGGGUGGCGGUUGCGCGGCUAG